GACAAAGAGCGGCACGCAGCCAACUAGUUCCCAGGUGCGAUUUGUCGCUUCAACGCAAUUCCCGCGGUUACCAGUACCAUCGUUUUCUGGCAAGUUUACCGACUGGGCCAGCUUUCACGAUUCUUUCAACCGAUUGAUUCAUAAUAACAUUGAAUUAAAUCCCAUCCAAAAGUUUCAUUAUUUGAAGCAGGCUUUGCCACUUGAGCGUGAUCUUGACAUACAACAAAUGCUUCUGACAGAAGCGAAUUAUACCACUGCAUGGGAUCUGUUAGUAAAACGUUAUAAUAACCCGCGAAUAAUAUUUUCCCAUCAUAUGAACACGCUGUACAACUUACCAGUUCUUGUUAAAGAAAAAUCUGACGACAUCAAAACCCUGCUUAAUGUGGCGAAUGUAUGUGUUAAUGAAUUUAAACGCCUUAAGCUCCCAAUUGGGGAAUGCGAUCAUUGGAUUGCCCAUUACUUAACCACAAAAUUACCAACUGAAACCCACUCAGCAUGGGAGCGCCACCUGGGAAGCAAAAUAGAGAUUCCCACCUUUUUUGACCUAGAAGAGUUCUUAACCAAUCGCCUCUUCACCAUUGAUGCUAUCGAAAAUCGUAGCUUAGCCUUUAAUGCCACGUCUUCACGUAUGUUGUCUAACGAUAUUAAAAAUCGUCAUCUUUACAAAUCAAAAUCAUCUGCGCGACCGACACAUAACGUCAAAGCACACCAUGCAGCCACUAAAGUCAAUCCAUCUUCUCAAGAUUGCUGUGGACUUUGUGGACAAGCACAUAUACUACGUCGUUGCCCAAUGUUUCUUUCCAAAGAUUGUUUUGAAAGAAAAGGCAUUGUUGACAAGGCCAAGCUGUGUCUAAAUUGUUUGAGCAAGUCUCAUGCAUUGUCGCAAUGCACAAGCAGUAAAAAUUGCAUCCAAUGUGGUCAACGUCACCACACGCUCUUACACUUCCCACGGACUUCGCUAACCAAUACAGCUGCGCUGCCACUCGCUCAACACACCGCAUCGGCUCCCGCACAGGGACAAGUAGCCCCAAUAAAUUCCCACGCUAUGUCCACGUCAGCCUUUGAUCUAAGGCGCGUAACAAAUGCACAUGCUACAUUAUCAGCAAAUUCUGCACAUUUUGGUCUACGAACAUCAGCGGUUAACUCACCCAGACAGGUUCUGUUGGCCACAGCUUUAGUGUCACUACGUAACGAAGCAACAAACCAAUCUUCAACGUUUUACGCCCUUAUAGACCAAGGUUCAGAAGGGACACUGAUUUCCGAAAAUGCAGUUCAACGUUUAGGCCUUGCACGUCAUCCUACUGCUGCAAGCAUCUGUGGAGUGGGUCCAAGUGCGCUAAGCCAGUCAAAGUUUUUGGUAAGCUGCACUCUUCAUUCUUGCCACGAUAAAACCUUUGCCGCUCCUAUUGAAAGCGCGUAUGUGUUGAAGCAACUGACAACCGAGUUGCCAAGUAGGCGCAGCGUGCCACAACAAUUGUCUCAUCUUCAAGGUCUUACUCUAGCAGACCCAUUAUACUAUCAGCCGAAGAAAAUCGACCUGAUUCUUGGUGCCGACAUGGUUGCUCAAAUCUUGUUACCGGAAAUGCGCAUUGGCGCAUUUGAUCAGCCAAUAGCUCAAAAAACACAUCUUGGCUGGAUUUUGUUGGGUCGAAUCGAUUCUCCACCAUCGUCAGCUAUCACAGUUCGUUGCCAUCACGCGAACCUUGAACUAGAGGCCCUUGUGCAGAAGUUCUACGAAAACGAACAAGUGCCUACAGAAACACCAAUGUCUGAGCAAGACAAGUGGUGUGAAGAGUUUUUUCAAAAAACACACGUAAGACAAGACAAUGGAAAAUAUCUUGUUCGACUUCCGUUAAAAUCAAUUUACGACCCUAAUCAAACGUUAGGGAAAUCCAAGCAAAUUGCACUUAAUCGGUUUUUACACCUGGAACGUAAAUUUCAGCACGACGAAACCCUACAUGGGCAAUACACGGAGGGUAUAGAAGAUUAUUUUCACCUCAAUCAAAUUGUUCCGGCAACAACGAGUGAGGACCAACAUUAUUUGCUGACUGCAUCUAACAAGCCCACGUUCACAUCUUGUGUUUUGCCGCAUCACGCGGUAGUAAAGAAAGAUAGAUCCAACACUAAGGUGCGCAUUGUGUAUGACGCCUCUUCAAAAACAUCAAAUGGCCGUUCCUUAAACGAUAUGUUGUGCACCGGCCCACCAUUGCAAAAUGACCUCCCAGCAGUCAUUUUGAAUUGGCGUCUGCACAAAUUCGUUUUCUUGGCGGACAUACAAAAAAUGUACCGAUGCAUUGAUAUGCACCAAGAUGAUGCGCAAUA